GGCCAGAAACUGUUCAGGAAUCUUGGCCUCUUUGCGCGAGGAGGACACAUACUUGGCCUGUGGAGUCCAAAGAAAGCUUGGAUGGCAGGAUGCAAGCUUGUUCCAGAGGCGAAGAUUUAUCGGAGGAUGAUCUUCCAAAGGGGCCGGAAUUGUGCGACAUGGGAAGCUGCAAAAGCAUGGAAGAGCUUCGGACAGAGAAUGCAAAUUUUAAGAUGCUGUACGACGCGCAGCAGCAACUAAUUGCUACCCUUCAAGCGCAAUUGCGUGUCCAAGAGAUUGAUUUGGACAGCAUGAAGCAGGUGAAUACUUGGCAGGAGAAGGCCCUGGCGUCCCUGAAAGACCAAGUUCACACACCUUCUGAUGAUGAGAAUAGGCGUUUGGAAGAUGAAACCAAAGACUCUGAACAGGUUGAGACCAAAUCCUUGGAAAAGCUAAAGUCAAAGCUGGCAAAGAUGAGCGCUGAGUCGACUCUCUACCGUGAACAGGCUGACGCACAGGCCAUGGCCGCAUUGGCGACUUCUGUACGUGCUGGUUGGAAGGCAGCUUGCAUCUUGCCGCACGAAAGCACCUUGCCAUCGCAAACUUCGGUCUGCCCUGCGGACAGGGCAGAGUUCAGUUUUGUGGAGUGGCUUUUUACAAGGUCUUUGGUUCGACAUCGGCAAGCUCGAGAUCCAUCACUUUGGUGCCCAACCCCUCGUGUAAAAGUGCGGCAAGUGGAGAAGGUUGAAAACAGGACAUUUCUGAAGAGGUAUGCACAGCGGCGCGAGGAAUUGUUGGAGGAGAGGGCAGGCCACAAUUGUGAAGCCUUGCGCGACAUUAAGACAUUCAUCGGGCAGUCCCUGCAGAAUCGGCGGUCAAUCGAAGAAGUUUGCCGUUGCUCAGACACCGGGGUGAACUUGAACGAAGUGCUACUUUUCCAUGGAUCUCCCAAUGGAAAGAUCAAUGGGAUUUUGAAUGGUGGAUUUGACCCUCGAUAUGCUGGUCUUGGCACUGGUGCUAUGUUUGGGCAAGGGAGCUAUUUUGCCCACAACGCCUCGAAGUGCUUCCGUUAUGCUGGUGACAGCACCACAGACCCCGGAGGCUUGCGGCAGAGUGUGCUCGUCGUCAGGGCUUUGCUGGGCAAUCCGCAUUACCAACAACACAUGUGCCCAGAUCGCAGGAUGCCACCCGCCAAUACCCACUCAGUGGUGGCCUUGACCAAAGCUGAAGGUGGAUGUGUUGAUCAUCGCGAGUACGUAUUGUACGAGAAAGCUGCCAUUCUGCCACUCUACCUCAUUGAGUUCCAGCACUUGCCGGAUUGUGGAUGCCUCAUGUGCUGUGUAUGAGCUUGGCUUUGUCAACUCUAGGCAUUCUUUGUGGCUUUCCUGGCGCUCGCAAAGCACGCCAGCAUGCAUUUUUGUCCAGACUUGUCUCCGAUUGUCAAGUCGAAUUAAUGCAGUUUUCUGCAUCACUUGCGAAUAGUAGGUCAGGGCGAUGCGGGAUACGUAGAGGACGGGGGCAUGCUGAAUUGAGUCCUGCCAGUUUCUGUUUUUCUGCCAUUGCCAUGCACGCUUAUCUCGAAACUGGGCCACCACUGUUGUCA